AUGUUUGACUUUCUCUACGCGGACGAGCCGGACAUGACCCCUACUCGCACGAAACAGCCCCAGGCAGAGGCAGAGGCAGAGGCAGAGCCAAAAGGAGCUGCGGAAGAACACAAGGACAUGUUGCCGCUACCGCUCAUGCCAAUCUCCUAUCCAGCCAUGUCCCAGGCGUUCAAUGUGACCGAGAUCACCACGCUUAUACGGCAAGAACUUCGGGGAUUCGAACUCAAGAGCAUAGUUCUGGUUAAUCGGCUCUGGUGGAGAACCUUUGGACCCUACCUUUGGGAGAACGUGUAUGUCGAUGCCGAUCCUGGACAGGAUGAUCGCCAUAUCAUUCUCCGAAAUGGACUCGCUGCCAGGCGCCUGGCACUAUCCGUCUACGACCCUUUGGACUCUCGAGGUGUCGUCAGCUACGUGGCCGAGAAAUGUAGGAACGUGUCGGCAUUGCACUUGAAGCUUUUCUCACCACAUUUGGUGGUCAUCAACAAAGAACAACAAACAGAGAACAAUGCAGAAGACUUUGCGACGCGAAAAGAAUCUGAGACGACACUCCUGGAUGAUCUUUUGGCCAAGCUAUCUCAUAUCACGGACCUAACACUCUCAAUUGCGCACGAGGAUCUCCAACCAGAAGUGGUGUGGUGCGCAAGCAUGCUACCAGGGUUGAAGAGGAUGACGAUCUACGGAGGGUUAUGCGCCAUGAAGUACAUGCUCCCCAAGAAUAGCCGGUGCAACUGGACUCUGUUAAUGCGCGUUUGCCGGGCCUGUCCGUAUCUGGAAUCACUGUCUGUCGCAUGGAGGGUCCCAGAGCUGCAUAAAAGUAGUCUUUCCGAUCCCCACGACCUAUCUUUGAAUGCAGCCGUCCCUCCAAGCGAGCAGGUCAAGUCGUUAAGGUCGCUCAGAGUCAACUUUUGCGAACUCCAGGACUCAACAAUGGAUAUCGUUUACAGGUCCUGUCCGAACCUGCGCGAGAUCGACUUCGACAGUAUCAAGAUCAGCUCGGGCGCCCUCGAUCAGCACAUCCGGAUGAUGGCCGGAUUAUGCCCGCUCCUGAGGUCUUUCAAGCUCCAGAACCUUCCCUACAAUUUUAGGGGUUAUAUUAGCCAUUACCAAAGUGGACCUCGCGGCGACAGCUAUGUGCGCUCGUUGCUCUGUGGACCAUUGCUCAAAGUACCAUCCUUGAAAUUAUCGCUUGGAUAUCAGCCCCGCUGUUCCUUUGAGGACCUCGAUCGCUUCUGGUUCAUAGGCAAUUCGAUUACAGUCUUGAGCGUGGACGACAUCCAGAGCUACGAACUCCUGCUUAAGAUCAUCACGACCAUGACAGGAUUGAGUCGCCUCACCCUAGGCGGAUACCUGCGUGGAGAGGGAAACCCUUGGGUUAUCUCGUCCGAUGUGGCUGGACACUCGGUCGUGGAGGCCUACUACAGCGACGACAUGAGAUCUAGUCGGCGUCUACCCGGGUUUGCAAGCAUGGACAGUCUCCAGUUCUUGGACGUGACCCGGCUCGAGUUCAAUAGCGGCAAGUGUUACGAACUAUUCUUCAACCGAGUCCAGAACUUGCCGUACCUGAAGCAUCUCGAAAUCAGGUAUUCUCAUCUUCGAGGUGCAAGGUUGGAAGAACCCUAUACGGAUUAUGAUCCAAGCCCUCAAGUCCAGGCUGCGGCAUCUGUCGAACCAGACGGCCAGCCCUCAGAUCUGAACGCAAGCUCCGCUGUAGCGACCGAUGGUGCGGUGGACCUCUUUCCGGAUAGGAUCUUCCGCCACUUUCCAGCCGUCGAAUUUCUGUAUGUGUUUGAUGGAAAUGAUUGGGCAUACCAGAGACAUAUCACUGGACGUACGGCGAGCGUCCUAGUGCAGACCAUGCCUAAGUUAAAGGUCAUGGCAUUCGACCAGACCUUGUCUCCGGGCGGGGAACUGUGGAGGAUCCGGAAGAAAUACCCACAGGUUACAUUUGAUUGCAUUCGUGUAUAA